AUGAAUGGAAUCAAUGUUGAUAUUAAUCAUUUAAAAAAGGGUGAAGUAAACCUAGGCACUUCAAUUAUGGCAGUUAAAUUUAAGAAUGGGGUUAUUUUAGGUGCAGAUUCAAGAACAACUACAGGAUCAUAUAUUGCAAAUAGAGUUACUGACAAAUUGACUCAAAUUCAUGAUACUAUAUAUUGCUGUCGUAGUGGUUCUGCGGCAGAUACUCAAGCUGUAGCAGAUAUUGUAAAGUAUUAUUUACAAGUUUAUGCAUCUCAAUUACCAUUUGGUGAAAAACCAACAACAGAAAUUGCUGCUAAUGUUUUCCAAGAGAUUUGUUAUAAUAACAAAGAUGGAUUAACCGCUGGGAUUAUCGUUGCUGGUUAUGAUAAGAAGAAUGGUGGGCAAGUUUAUUCUGUGCCUAUUGGUGGUAGUAUACAUAAACAAGAAUAUGCCAUUGCAGGAAGUGGUAGUACAUUUAUUUAUGGUUGGUGUAAUGAAAACUUUCAGGUCGAUAUGGAAAAAGAUCAAUGUAUUGAUUUUAUAAAAACUGCAUUAAGUGAGGCUAUUAAAUGGGAUGGGUCUUCAGGUGGUCUUAUUCGUAUGGUUAUUUUAACUGAACUGGGUGUUGAAAGAUUAAUCUUUUACCCAGAUGAAUAUAGUAAGAAUUAG